UCGCGGGCUACUUGAACAGAAAGAAAGCCGUGUGUUUGUGUCGACGGCAGCUCCGCAGGUUUGUCCGCGUCUUCUCUGCGAUGGCGACUUGAGCUUCGUUUUUAUUCCACAGACUCUUUUAAAUCGGUUGGUUUGCAGCUCGCAGCUCCCCGGACCUGUCUGUUUUAUUGCGCUUUUAUCUGGAGCUGCUCGGUCUCGCUUUUAAGAAACGUUUGACUGUUUGAAGCGAGUUUCUGCGCGCCUUUGUAGUUUUGGGCCGCCUCUGCACGCAACACUAAGAUGUCAGGAGUGAACCGAGGACAGACGAGCGCGGUCAGCGAUCUCCAUGACCAGGAGAACGUGCUCUCCAGGCUGCGGGGCUCCACCAAGCCUCGAUCCGUGGAGAACCAGGAGAACGUCCCGCCCAAACAGCCCGCAGCCAAAACCACCACCAGAACCGUCCUGGGAGCCCUGCAACCCACCCAGAGGACCAAGAUCCAGAACCAGCGCGGAACCACCAAGCAGGAGUCGUCGCAGCCUCUGUGCAGGCAUGAAGAUGUCAAGGCCCACGAGAAGCCGGCGUCCAAGGCGUCAUCCUUCCAGAUCCAUGUGGACGAGCCUGAUGUCCCCUGCACCAGGAAACCAGUGGCGGUGAAAGAGGAGCCCAUAGUUGAGGAGUCUCCUCUGCCCAUCGACGGCGCUGUGGCUUGUCUCCGCCAGCCGCUCGCCACCAUCGACAGAGUAGCCGCCAUGGAAGUCAGCUUCGACUCUCCCAUGGACAUGUCUCUGAUGGAGGCGGAGGACAAGCCUGUCCGAGUCAACGAGGCGCCGGAGUACGCCGCGGAGAUCUACAGCUACCUGCGAGAACUGGAGGAGCGGAACCGGCCCAAAGCAGGCUACAUGAAGAAGCAGCCAGACAUCACCAACAGUAUGCGGGCCAUCCUGGUGGACUGGCUGGUGGAGGUGGGCGAGGAGUACAAGCUCCAGAACGAGACUCUCUACUUGGCAGUCAACUACAUCGACCGCUUCCUGUCCUCCAUGUCGGUGCUGCGAGGGAAGCUGCAGCUCGUGGGAACUGCCGCCAUGCUGCUGGCCGCGAAAUUCGAGGAGAUUUACCCCCCUGAGGUGGCCGAGUUCGUCUACAUCACAGAUGACACCUACACCAAGAAGCAGGUGCUGAGGAUGGAGCAUCUGGUGCUGAAGGUUCUGUCCUUUGACCUGGCGGCGCCGACCAUCAACCAGUUCCUGUCGCAGUACUUCACUCAGCAGCCGGCCAACAAGCAGGUGGAGAGUCUGGCCUCGUACCUCGGUGAGCUGAGCCUCGUGGACUCUGAUCCCUUCCUCAAGUACCUGCCUUCCCACACGGCAGCAGCUGCCUACACACUGGCCAACUUCACGAUGACCGGAGGAUCAUGGCCCAAAUCUUUGACGGAGAUGAGCGGCUACUCGCUGGAGGACCUGAUGCCUGCUAUCGUGGACCUGCACCAGAUGUUUGUCAAAGCCCCGCAGCACCCCCAGCAGUCUGUACGGGAGAAGUACAAGGGCCCCAAGUACUCCGAGGUCUCUCAGAUUGAGGCGCCAGCCGAGCUCUUCCUGAAGUGACUCCCCUUCCCUGUUAGUUCCGGUCCGCUCUGUCAGAGCGCGUUUAGAAUUUUUUAAAUGUUUUUUGAGUUUCCUGGUCAAUUUUCGACUUUGACUCAGACUGAAGCUCUGCCUCUACUUUAAGACUCGGACUGAAACUCUGCCUCAGUGUCCUGCUCAGCCCGGCGGCGUCUGGAGACUGCUGGACCCGGCUGCACUGUGGGUCCACGUCGUGUUUUGUUUUUCACCGACGUGUAAAUAUUUGAACAGAUUAAAGUCGCUUGUCUGUCCAUCUCCUUCGUACAUGUUUUUGACGUCUGCCCUGUAAAAUAAGACUCGUGUAAAUAAAAGUCUUUAAA